AUGAUGAAACAUGAGGAUAGUGACAAUGAUGAUAUAUUAUUGGUGAAGAGAAGAGACCUCGACAGCAAACUACCCACAGCCAAAGAAAUCGCUGACAUGGACCUGGGCAGAAACAAAAACAAGAAACCGAUCAGCAAAGCAGCAGCAGCCAAAAAGAUUCUAAAAAAGAAAAUCGACCCCAACCAAAAAACCGUAUUCGACGACCAAGGCGAAGCCGUCCUAACAACUAUAGAUCAAAAAUUCGAACUAGCCAUGGAAUACGAAAACGAAGACGAGGGCGGCAUCGACAUCGAAAGGGUCAAAAAAGUCCUUCGAAUAGAAGACAAAUUCGAUAAACAGCUGUUCUAA